AUGCGUGUGGUCCACCUGGGAAUGCGGCGCCUGGAUGCACGAGAGCUUUCUGUCGCGCCUGGAGGACGGCACGGCGUGCGCCUACGACUUCGGGUGGCACGACUUCCACGCCUCGGGGCACGGGACCUUCGACGGCGAUCGCUUCCUUCCGCUGCCACACACCAGAUGGAGCAUCAACCUGAUCGCCUUCAAGGCGGAGGAGACGUGGCGGACGCGGUGCCGGAGGAUCUGGCUGAGGACGACGAGAAGGAGCUCUCGGUGGUGCAUCCUGCCAGGCUAGAGAAGCGGUCCUGCGCCGUGGGCUCCGCGCUGGCGGCGCAUUUCUCGUACUCGCGGCAAGAAGAUGGGCUUGUUGAGUACACAAAUCUGCUGGAGAGGUACCGCCAGCUCAGCUCUGCGCUGGCGCCGUGUGAGAUGCAGCUCGCGGCGCCUCAAGUGGCCGCCGGCUCGCUCGGAGAGCCCAGCCUUGAGACCUGCGAUCCGCGGCGGAUCGCACGCCGUUCAGGCAGCGAGUUCGCGGGCCGGCGCGGCGGUCGCGCUGGGCUCGGGCCCCGAGACGGGCCGUUGGCGAAGCAUUGCGGCGCCGCCGCGGGCGUGCUUGGCUCCGCGAGGGGAAGAGCGCACCGCAGAAGUCGGCAGGUGAUGAGAGCAGAAGCGGAUCGCUCCUACUUGAACGUCACCGGCUUCCCCUUCCCCUUGGGCCCCAUCUUCGCGCGGAGAACCGUCCGCAGGCAGAUCGGCGAGGGCAUGUGGUCCUUUGAACAGGAGCAAAAGCUCGCGAACAUCGCCGUGAACGUGCGGAUGACGGUGAUCAAGCUGCAGGAUGGAAGUCUGUGGGUGCACAACCCAAUUGCGCCCACCGCCGAGUGUUUGGCCUUGCUGAGGGAGCUGAGCCUUCCGGUGAAGUACAUCGUGCUUGGCAGCGCCCAGUACGAGCACAAGAUCUUCGUGGCGCCUUUUGCCAGGAGAUAUCCCGAGGCGGAGGUCUUCACAGUUCCGCAGCAGUGGAGCUGGCCGCUGGAUCUGCCCUCCGUCUUCUACGGGAUCUUCUCCGCGGGAGACCUGAAGGACGGGGACAAGGAGGCUCCUUGGUCCUCGGAGAUCGAGCAGCGGCUGCUGUGCCCUCAGAACCGCCUGGGCUUUGGCUACAGCGCCUCCGAAUGCGCCUUCUUCCACAAGAGGUCGAAGACGCUGAUUUGCACGGACGCCUUGGUGUACGUGCCGGAGGAGCCGCCCUCCGUGUUGGACACCGAGGAGCUCACAGACUUGGGGAAGACCAAGGGGAACUUCGUCCUGGAUCUCGUGGCACUGGUGAACUGGCGCGGCGCGGGAGAUGAUAUCCGACGAGCCAUGCAGGACGAGGGCUCCGGCCCGAAACCGUCGCAAGCGGAGCUGCUGAGGAAGGGCUGGCAGCGCGACGCGCUGCUGUCCUUGUACUUUGGCCCAGAUGGCCAGAGCAUCAUCGACCCAUCACAGGCCUUCCGAGCCAUUGCGGGCCGGUGGAUCGUGGGGCCGGUGUGCUACUCCCUGGUCUACGGGGGGCGGAUUCGGAAGGAAGUGAAGGAGUGGUCUGAGCGAUUAUGCGACUGGGACAUCCAGCAGAUCCUGCCUUGUCACUUCGCCGGGCCGGUGGGCGGCAACCGGGAUGACAUCCGUCGAGCCUUCGAGGUACUCGAGGAGAACGCCGAGGCGACCAAGGAGCCCGAGUUCGCGCUCCCGUGGCCUUUCCCACAGCCGGUGCGAUAUCCCGCCCAGGAUUUGAAGCUCCUGACGGACAUCCGCGGCGCCUUGCAGACGCUGGACGAGCUAUCGCGGCUGCAGGCGGUGCGCAGCAGCCGGCGCACCCGCCGGGGGCGCGAGGGCAUGCAGUCGAUCAGUUUGGUGGGCUACACCAAUGUCGGCAAGAGUGCCAUUGUGAAUCGCCUGGCCGGCUCUGACUUGCUGGUGAAGGAUGGGGUCUUCGUGACUUUGGACAUUGCUGCCCGCCGGAUCAAGCUGCCCUCAGGGGGUGAGUGCCACAUCCUCGACUCGGUCGGCUUCAUUAAGGACCUCCCGCUGGAACUCUGCGAGGCCUUCCGCGCCACGGUGCAGGAGCUUCAGGAGGCAGACGUGGUGCUGCACGUGCGCGACAUGGCCCACCCCUCCCGUCAGGAGCAAUGGAAGAUCGUGCGGCAGGUGCUUCAAGAAACAGAGAUCGACCCCGACCGCAUCAUGGAGGUGUGGAACAAGACUGACCUGCUGACCGAGAAAGAGGUGCGGCAUCUCUUCUACAUCCAUCAGAAGCAGGAUUCCACGCCAGUCCAGUGGGUGAGCGCGUUGACCGGCGCCGGGUUCCCAGAGCUCCUCGAAUCACUGGAGAAGAAGCUCCAGGGCCACGCGGUGCGGCUGGUGCCUGGUCGCAACACGGCGGCAGCACUGGAGGUGCCUGCCAAGGGCGCCCAGAAAGUCCGGAUUCCACAUGGUCUAUCGCCGGGGGAGGCCGCUGAGAUGUGGGCCUUCCUGCAUGGGAACUGUUCGGUUGUGGAGGAAUCGAUCUCCUCCUGCAAGGACAGCGGGGACCUGGUGCUGGAGGUGAAGAUGGACCACGCCGCGAGGUCCAAGUUUCUGAAGCGCUUUGGCGGCGCCUGGCUGCUCUCGCGCGAAAGCGGCUGUGAGCGCGUGGCUUUCCGCCUGGAGCCGCGGACCCGGCGACGAAGGGCGACGAAGGAUGACGCGAAGGACGGGCUGAAGGACUAUGACCUCAGAGCAUCAGAGUGCUGGACAGCUCGGCUCCAUGGCAUCUUGGAGUCAGAUGCCAGAGUCGCUAUGUUCGCCGCGCUCCUGGCCGCGGCUUCCGCCGCGUCCGCCGCGUCCGCCGCGUCCGCCGCGUCCGCCGCGCGCUGCGGCGGAGCUGAGCCGCAGCUGGGGCUCCGGGAGGGUUUGGCCGCGGCGGACCUAGGGAACUGCAAGGUGGCCUGGGCCACCGCCCAGCAGAUCCCGCGGGCGCUGGCCAGCGCGGACUUCGUGCUGAGCGACGACUUGGGCGCCAUACCUUUCGCGGCGAACACGGGGCGCCUGGCCUUCUUGGAGAGAAUGCAUCCCAUGCCCCAGCUGACGGGCGAUGCGCUGGACGGGGUGAUCGCAGGCAAGAACCAUCUGCUCUCGGUGCUGCUCCCAAACUCGACCUGGGACGACCAGAUACGGCACAUCGCGGACCAGGCGCGCUGGCUGGUGCCGGAGCACACCUACGUGGACGAUGGCCUGGCGGAGACUUAUGGCGAGGCCUUCCGAAAGUACAGGUUCAGCCUUAUUGUCGACGAUGAGGAGCAUACGGUCUCGCAGGCCUUCAUCCAUUGCAUGGGCUGGGCCAGCAUCCCGAUCUUCAACGGCUUUUCCCAUUUGGUGGCGAUGCUGCCGCGGAUCAUCCUGCCCUGGGACAAAUCUAACUUCCGUCUGGAGUAUUUGCUCUCCUUCCUGCCGGGCAUCAACGAGGACAUUGGCACGCUCUGGCAGCAGCACCGGAUGGUACAAGACCAACUUUUGUACAGAUACUCUGGCACCUUCCAGGACGCCUUUCGGGCCUCGACCUGCGCCCUUUGCGCGCACCAUGAAGAACGGGAGGAGGUGCCGCUGGUCUUCGUGGGCGUAUACUCGGCGGCCCAGAACUCCGCCAAGCGGUCGGCGGUUCGAAAGACCUGGGGACGGCUGAUGGUGUCCUUGGGUUAUCAGGUUCGCUUCUUCUUGGGCAAGGCGGAGGGCGUGCAAGCGGAGAUCCAGAGGCACCAGGACUUGGUCUUGCUGGAUGUUGAAGAGGGAUACAAGUGGAACUCGCUCAAGGGCUUGCGCUUCUUGGAGUGGUGUUCCCGCAACGUGCUGGCCCGGUUCCUGGUCAAGGCAGACGACGACGUCUUUCUGCGCCCCCUGCCGCUGUUGGCGUUGCUGGAACGAAGGCCCUUUUUCGGCUACGUAUGGGGUUACUUCGACUACCUCAGCCCUGUGCCACGCGAGGAGGGCCAUGACUUCUACAACUCCGAGGAGGUGUAUCCCUUCGAGGCCUUCCCCCCCUACGCGCGGGGGCUGCUGCGUGUGCUCUCCAUGGACGUGGUGGCGGCCCUCGCGGAGAUCUCCGAUGCCCGCGAGGACCUGCGCACGGUCUUUGGGGAUGACCCCAACUUCGGGGUUCACCUCCGGUACUUGGCCCGCGAGAAGAAGAUGCGGCUGGCGCUGGACGACCGGGACUCCUACCGCGUCUUCGCCAUGGAACCCAGCUGCAACGAGGGCCUCUGGUCCCACGUGACCCACAGGACGUGGGUGAUCCAUCACGUGUCGCCAGAGCAAAUCCUGUGCAUGUGGAAAGCUGACGCGGCCGCGGGCAUCUAUGAAAAAGAUGACGCAGGCGCCUGGCUCCCCUCCGCCGCGGCUUUGGACGCCGCCUCCUUUGCCGCGGACUUCGCCACGCGUCCGGAGCCAGAUCUCGAGAGACAGCGGCGGCCAGCCGCGGAGCUCUGCGCGUGCCUGGCCGUGGGGCCCUUGGCCGAAGAGCUGGCGAGGCGCAGCGACAAGAUCAACGCCUCCAGGACCUUCAUGAUGUGGGGACAUCCGAGUCUGUUGGACGACGAAGACUAG